AUGGCGACCAACGACAACAUCGAGCCCAGUGCUACUCCCUACUCGGCCCAGCCCACUGCCCUUCAGCAGCAGUCUAGCUCCAGCACCGACAUUGGAUACCCAGACGAAAAGAACGCCUCGGCCUCCGUUCAGUAUGCUGUCGACCCCGAGAAGCAGAGCACCCAGGCUGGCUCCCUUCGCGGCGACGGGAGAAGUUCGCUACCUACCGUCAUCUUGCGGCUUGUGGAGAGGUUUUUCUGGAAGGUCGUCCAGGUAGCUCUGUUUAUCGUCUUCAGCGUAUGGUGGAUUUAUGGCCUCGUCAAGUACCGACACACCGACGGCAAGGGAUGGUUGAUUCCCUCCUUGAUCUACAUCGCCAUCUGUCUUCGCAUCUUCUUCAACUUUGUUCCAUCGUCUCUGGUCAUGCGCCCUGUGCGCACCGUCUGGAAGCACACGGCUGUCCGGGUGUACGAUCGAGUGCCAACUCACCUCCACCACAUUCUUGCCGCCCUGAUCGCCGUCGCCGUCUUCUUGAUCGGCACCUUUGUGCCUGAAGAGACCGGUGACAACACCCGCGCCAACCGGGCCAUCUCCGUCUUCGGUCUCAUGGUUAUGCUUGGUCUCCUGACGCUUACGUCGCGAAACUGGAAGCUCAUCCCCUGGCGUACCGUCAUUGGUGGCAUGCUGUCCCAGUACAUCAUUGCCAUCUUCGUCCUUCGCACAAAGGCGGGCUACGACAUCUUCAAGUUCAUCUCGGACAUGGCUCGUGCCCUGCUCGGCUUCGCCAAGGACGGUUUGAUCUUCUUGACGGAUGAGGAUCUGGCCAACAGCAACUGGUUCUUGACCGGUGUCAUUCCCGCCAUCAUCUUCUUCAUCGCCCUCGUCCAGAUGUUGUACCACGUCGGCUUCCUCGCCUGGUUCAUCCAGAAGUUUGCCGUCUUCUUCUUCUGGAGUUUGAGAGUGUCUGGCGCCGAAGCCAUCGUCGCGUCCGCCACCCCCUUUAUUGGCCAGGGUGAAUCGGCCGUCUUGAUUCGUCCCUUCAUGGACCAUCUCACCAAGGCCGAAAUCCACCAGAUCAUGACUUGCGGUUUUGCGACCAUUGCUGGUUCCGUCUUGGUGGCCUACAUUGGCAUGGGUCUCAACCCCCAGGCUCUCGUGUCAUCUUGCAUCAUGUCCAUUCCUGCCACCCUCGCCGUGUCCAAGAUGCGCUGGCCCGAGACGGAGGAGCCCAUCACCAUGGGCAAGGUCGAGGUGCCCAAGAACGAGGAAGAUGAAGAGACUGUCAACGCUCUUCACGCCUUCACCAACGGCUCGUGGCUCGGUCUCAAGAUUGGUGCCACCAUUGUGGCCUGCCUCUUGACCACGAUUGCCUUCGUUGCCUUGAUCAAUGGUCUCCUCAAGUGGUGGGGCAGCUACUGGGGCAUGGUGACUGACCCUCUUCUCGUCGACGAGAACAACAAGAUCCUGUCCAUCCAGCUCAUUCUCUCCUACUGCCUUUAUCCCGUUGCUUGGUUGCUGGGUGUGCCCAAGCAGGAUCUUCUUUCGGUGGCUGAGCUCAUUGGCACCAAGGUGGUCAUCAACGAGUUCAAGGCUUUUGCCGAUCUCGUCGACCCCAAGCAGAAGUUCGUCGAUAUGCUUCCCCGUUCCAAGCUUAUCGCUACCUAUGCCUGCUGCGGUUUCGGAAACAUUGGUUCCCUCGGCAUUCAGAUUGGUGUUCUUUCCACCAUUUCCCCCAAGCGGUCCGGUGAUGUCGUCAAGGUGUCCAUCUCGGCCUUCCUCUGCGGUGUUCUGUGCACCUUGACAUCGGCCAGCAUUGCCGGCAUGCUCUACAACGAUGGCAUGAUUGAUAUGUCGUAA